AUGCUGUCUCGCCUCUCCGGCUACCUGCUUCUCGGCGCACUGGCCGCGACGGCGACCCCUCUCGUGCGGGACAAGUCCCUCGUGACGGUCCCGUUCACGCGCAAGUUCAACUUCACGAGCGGGUCGAAGCUCGUGGACAUGGACCGCGUGCGGAUCACCAACCUCAUGUGUGGCUGCAACAACCGGUGCAGCAGCAACGAGAAAUCACUGGUAGCCGAAAAGCUCAGCGCAGCCGCCACUGUGUUUAACACUGACGCGACGAAUGGCGCCGUGGAGUACACUAUGACUGUUGGAGUCGGUUCCCCUGCCACUGAUUACACGCUCAUCGUCGACACCGGAAGUUCCAACACCUGGGUUGGUGCUAACCAGGCAUACGUCCAGACCACUUCUUCCACCAGUACUGGCCAGACAGUUGAAGUCACCUACGGUUCGGGUGAAUUCCAAGGUACUGAGUACACAGACACAGUCACGAUCGGGAAUGGCCUCGCAAUCACCAGCCAGUCCAUCGGCGUUGCCUCAUCCUCCACGGGCUUCGAUGGCGUCGACGGUAUCCUCGGUCUUGGGCCCGAAGACCUCACCUGCGGCACGCUGACGACGGACGAGAACGCAUGCAUCCCCACCGUCGUCCAAAACGCGUACUCGCAGGGCCUCAUCUCCGCGGAGGAGAUCGGCAUUUCGUUCGCGCCCAUCACGGGCAGCUCUGGCUCGGACACGAACGGCGUAAUUACCUUCGGCGGCGCCGACUCGAGCUACUACACCGGCACGCUCACCUACACGGACAUCACGUCGACAGAGCCGGCUGACUACUACGUCGGGAUCACCCAGACCGUCUCGUACGGCGGUACGACGCUCUUCUCCAACGAGGCCGGUAUCGUCGACACGGGCACCACUCUCAUCUACAUCCCGACCAUCGCAUAUGAUCUAUACGUCCUCGCGACCGGCGCGACGCUCGACGAGAACACAGGUCUGCUGCGCCUGACCACCUCGCAAUACGACAGCCUGCAGGACAUGACGUUCACCAUCGGCGGAGUGGACUACACCUUCACCGCGAACGCCCAGAUCUGGCCGCGCUCCCUGAACACCGCGAUCGGCGGGACCGCCGACUACAUAUACCUCGUCGUGAGCGACAUGGGCUCGAGCGGUGAGACCGGGCUCGAGUUCAUCAACGGCAUGACCUGGCUCGAGCGCUACUACUUCGUGUAUGACACCGCCGCGAGCCAGGUCGGCUUUGCGACGACGGAGUACACGGACGCGACGACCAACUAGACGGCCGCCGUUUCGAGCGGCGGGGUGGGAGCUGGGGAGGUAAUAUGGGCUCGCUGUGGGAGAGACGUGUCAUAGCUCUCAGGAUGAUAGGCACGU